ACCCCUUGGAACGCCCAGGAUGUGGCAACUGCGAAUCCCCGGGACCCCCCUGUGGGGGGCAGCUCUGCUCCUGGCGCUCUGCCUGCAGCUGACGACUCAGGGCCUCAUCCAAGGGAGGAAGCCCCUGAGCGUGGAAAUGAUUGUGCCUGACACGGUGAGACAGGGCCAGAUGGUCUCGGUGAAAGUGCGCGUGACCGCGGACCUGAAAGAGUGCAUGGCGGUCCGCGUCGAGCUGCGGAAUUACACGAUGGUGGACUUCCCCUACGGGAACUUCAAGUACACGGCCUGCCUGUGCGGAGACGUGCGCACCUACUUCUGGGACGUCAUCACCUUCCGCCGCAUGGAGCUGGUGGCGUUGGCCGAAGCGGUGUUGGAGGCGGACAUCUGCAAGGAGUAUCUGGCCGUGGUGCCCGUCAUCAAUCACUACGACAUAAAGUCGAAGACGGUGGGGGUCCUUGCCUGAGCCGGGACCCUCUGCCCCGCCGCCCGCCCCCCAAC